AUGAAUAUUUUUAUAUUUUUAUUAAUUUUUUUCAACAUUUACACCCUUAAUACAACUAGUGUUAUUGCUGUUGAAAAUGAUUUUAACAAAACACCUAUGAAAAAAGUUUAUACAACUUUAAAGAAAGGAACCUCAUGUAAAACCAACGCAAGGAUAAUACAUUCAAUUAAAACUUUAAGGGAAAUCAAAUCAUCCGAAAGAAAAACUCGUCACAAAAUUAAAAGACAAAAUAACGAACGAGAGUAUCAACGAUCAACCUUAGGAAAAGUUCAUAAUACUUCAAAUAAAAAUAAUUUAAAAAAGGAUCAAAUAAGCCUGGAAGAAAUGAGAAAAAGACUUGCGGACCUGCAAACAAAUUCUCCAAAAAUUUGUUUUAAAAAACAACCAAUUCCUUGUGGUUUGUUAAUUUACUAA